AUGCUGAAGGGCUCGACAUUGCUUCUGGCAACGCUCUGUUUUCAACUCGCCGUUGCUCAGCGGAAGAGUUCCGUGGUUGAUCUGGGUUACGCUAAAUAUCAAGGUACUAUAGACGAUGUCGCCAAUGUGACUUCGUACCUGGGGAUCCGCUAUGCAGCCGCGCCUACACAAGAUUUACGGUGGCGGGCCCCUCAGCCGCCCUCAACGUUCCCUGGCGUACAGAGCGCGAGAACCCCACCCCCGCAGUGUCCACAAGCGUUGCCAAAUACAACAGUUCCUGACACGUUUCCACUUUCUGGUAGUUCGAUGGGCACCGAAGACUGCCUGUUUCUGAAUGUUUUCAUACCUCGAGAUCGCCCAAGAAACAAGAAGCUACCAGUCAUCGCGUGGAUUCAUGGUGGAGGGUACUCGUUGGGUAACGCUUCGUCGUAUGACGGAACGAAGUUGAUACGUGAAUCAAACGAUGCAGUCAUCGUUGUCUCCAUCCAAUAUCGCCUUGGAAUAUUCGGCUUCCUGUCUAGCACAAAGAUCAGAGAAAACGGUGCCUUGAACGCUGGCCUGCUGGACCAAGAGUUCGCUCUUCAAUGGAUCCAAUCAAAUAUCGACAGGUUUGGCGGCGAUCCCGGGCAGGUCACUAUAUGGGGAGUAUCAGCAGGUGCUGGAUCGGUGCUACAACACAUAGUUGCUCGAAACGGCGCAACGAACCCUCCCUUGUUCAGGGCGGCGAUGACAAGUUCCACUUUCUUACCAUCCCAGUAUCACUUCGACGACCCAAUUCCAGAGACUAUAUAUUCCUCGGUCGUGUCUAACGCUGGGUGUGCGACUGCUGGCGACACUCUCGCUUGCUUACGCGGCGCAAAUACGACCACCUUGCAAGCAGCUAAUGUGGCGGCCUGUCGCAGUGGAUUCUUCGGGACAUUUCCCCUCGUCCCCGUUGUAGAUGGAGAAUUCAUCAAGGAGCGACCUACCGAGGUCUUACAAAAAGGACACGUGAACGGGCAUGCGCUUCUCUCCGUCUCAAAUGUCAACGAAGGAGAUAUUUUUGUGGAUCAGACCACUGCAAGCACAGUAGAAACUCUACAAUUCUCGCACGAUCUCUUCCCCCGUCUAACUCUAGCGCAACGUUCGAAGGUUGCCCGUUUGUACGCGGGGGUGGGAACACCGAUUGAACAAGCCAAUAGAAUUAUGGGCGAAGCUAUCUUCAUAUGCCCAACAUACGUCCUAUUGGAGGCCUUCCCCGGAUCAUUCAAGGGAGAGUACGCUGUUCCGCCUGCAUUACAUGGGGACGACCUACCCCACUAUUUCCCGAGCUUUUCUCCUAGACCAUUCGAUGACCCUGACUUUUCGACGUCGUUCACCCAAUCCUUCUUAGACUUUGUCCUCAACCUUGACCCCAACGUUAAAGUAAACGGGAGAAACUUGACUCCGCAUUGGAAUCGCUAUUCACCAUUUGAUUCGGAAAUGAUAUUCAACCGUACUGAGGAAGGGCAGCUCAAUAUACACUCGGGGAGUACAGAUGUAGAGCUUCUGGAGCGAUGCGCCUUUUGGCAGGGUGUGAGCGAGCUGACGGCUCAAUAA